UUUUACGACGCGCGGCUGACUGGGCGCGCUUGGCGGCCGGAGCAGGGCCGAGGGGGAGCGGCCGGCGCCUGGCCGAGGAGGGAGACGCACGAGCGGCGGAGGCGCCAUGUCUCACGGCCACAGCCACGGCGGGGGCGGUUGCCGCUGCGCCGCCGAGCGAGAGGAGCCGCCCGAGCAGCGCGGCCUGGCCUACGGGCUGUACCUGCGCAUCGACCUGGAGCGGCUGCAGUGUCUCAACGAGAGCCGCGAGGGCAGCGGCCGCGGCGUCUUCAAGCCGUGGGAGGAGCGGAGCGACCGCUCCAAGUUUGUUGAGAGUGAUGCCGACGAAGAGCUUCUGUUUAAUAUCCCAUUUACUGGGAAUGUCAAGCUCAAAGGCAUCAUUAUAAUGGGAGAGGACGACGACUCACACCCCUCUGAGAUGAGACUGUACAAGAACAUUCCUCAGAUGUCAUUUGAUGACACAGAAAGGGAGCCAGACCAGACCUUUAGUCUGAACCGGGAUGUUACAGGAGAAUUGGAGUAUGCCACGAAAAUUUCUCGUUUUUCAAACGUCUGUCACCUCUCAAUUCAUAUUUCAAAAAACUUUGGAGCGGAUACAACAAAAGUUUUUUAUAUUGGUCUGAGAGGAGAAUGGACUGAGCUUCGCCGACAUGAGGUGACUAUCUGCAAUUACGAAGCCUCGGCCAACCCCGCCGAUCACAGGGUGCAUCAGGUUACCCCGCAGACACACUUCAUUUCCUAAGGCUGCCCACAGCUCCCACAGAUGUGCUGUGUCCGAGAAGACGAGAGACUGCCUGCUGGGAAGGACAGAGAAGCUCCGAGAGAGUUGGCUGCCACAGGCUCUGCCAGGCUUAGUCUUAGGGGCUUGCUGCCAAGGCCUGGCUGGGGGACACCCCACACCGCCAGGAGAGUUGUGUGGGUGCCGAGGGACCACCGUGGUUCUCCAGAGCCCUGCAGAAAUCGGGUCUCAGGCUGGGUGGCGUCUGGCAGUCGUGGAUAGUGCUUGUUUUGCCAGUCACGGUGGCCAUGGGAUCCCAAGUGUCUUGUUUUGUGGCAGAAUUUUUCUUUUUGUUUUUUGUUUUUGAACUGCAGGAAACAGAAGCCUCAGGCUUGUGGCUGUUUUAGCCGUCAGGAGGGUCUUCACUGGGAAACACUUGUCUCUGCUUGCUCUUUCUCCUGGUCAGUGUCCAGCUUUCUUGUCAAGUGGCCCUGCAUGGAGCUGUCACACAGGCGUCCCGUGGCUGAAGCUGGACGAGUCCCCUGCUGCGUGUGAUGGCUUGGGGAGAAGCUCUCCUCACUGCCUGCUAAACGGUCUGGGGGGUGCCUGGGCGUCACUUCUGUGCAUGUGGGUAACCUGGUCCAGUAAGACUGAGAUUUAGUCAAGUCCCCCCCGGCACCUCCUCCAUGUUUAUUAGCUUCUGACUUGUGUUCUAAGCCCAGUGCCAGCAUUUGGAGAUCUCUUGAGUUCUUCUGUUCUUGCCUUUUAUUCACUGUGACUAAUAAGCUUCCUAAUAAAUCCCUGCCAUACUUGA